UGGGCACAGGCAGCUUUGUAUGGAAAGACAAUCUGCGAAACUGGAGGACAGCGAUGCCUUAUUCCCAGGCAGUGGGGAAACUCAGGCCCCCAGGAGCUGAGGAAAACUGCCUCAAGCUAUCCCAAACAAGGUCUCCUUGGUACAGGCGAGCAGGCUGGCAAGCAUCUCCAGAGAAGCACGUGGCUGAGGUCCAGGGCCACCAACGGUGGGCACGCAGGUCUUCAGAAAGGGACUUGAGAUAUGGCACUGACAGUGGAUGUGGUGGGCCCCGCGCCCUGGGGCUUCCGCAUCACCGGGGGCAGGGAUUUCCAUACACCCAUCAAGGUGACCAAGGUCACUGAGCGGAGCAAGGCAGCGGCCGCUGACCUCCGACCUGGGGACAUUAUCGUGGCCAUCAAUGGGGAGCGCGCGGAAGGCAUGCUCCACGCGGAGGCCCAGAGCAAGAUCCGACAGAGUCCAUCCCCGCUGCGGCUCCUGCUGGACCGGGCUUCUCCGGGGCAGACCAAUGGAGAGAGCGCUGUGGAAGUGUUGGCAACUCGCUUCCAGGGCUCCAUGAGGACGCAUACCAACAGCCAGUCCUCCCUGAGGUCUGCCUGCUCUAGCCCAGCUUCCCUCAGCCCCUGCCCUGGCAGCCCUCUCUCCACCCUGCCCCCAGCCAGCCCCCAGACCCUCCCUGGAGAGGCACUGAUCAGCCGCAGUUUCCAGACUCCGGCCCACUCCCCAGGACCUGCUGCUGACCACUUCUCCUAUGAGGGCCGCCCUGGGAGCCGACAGGCCGGCAGGGGCCGUGCUGGCGACUCAGCAGUGUGCGUGCUGCCACCUUCCUGUUCCGUCAGCCCCAGACUCAGUGUGGACCUCCUGGAAGAGGACUCAGAAGUCUUCAAGAUGCUGCAGGAAAAUCGAGAAGGGCGGCUGCCACCCCGCCAGUCCAGUUCCUUUCGACUCUUACAGGAAGCCCUGGAGGCUGAGGAAAGAGGUGGCACGCCUGCCUCCCUGUCCAGCUCGCUGAGCCCCCAGCCCUCCCUGCCCACCUCCAAGGCCCUGGUCACUCCACCCAGGCUCCACAUGUGUGAGAAAUGCAGCACCAGCAUUGCGAACCAGGCUGUGCGCAUCCAGGAGGGGAGGUAUCGCCACCCCGGCUGCUACACCUGCGCAGACUGUGGGCUAAACCUGAAGAUGCGGGGACACUUCUGGGUGCAGGACGAGCUGUACUGCGAAAAGCACGCCCGCCAGCGCUACUCGGUCCCCUCCACCUUCAGCUCCCAGGCCUGAGCCGGCUCUGGGCCCCUCAGUGCUGUGGCCUGGGCCUGCCUAGCAGUGGGCGUGGGCGGGAGGGGCCUCUUCCCCUCACUGGGUGAGGCUGGGUUUUGGGUGCCCAGGCAGCCUCACCUUCCCAGGCCUCUGCUGGAGGCUCCUCCCCCUCGCAGCACCAUGUGCCAGCGCGGGCGGUGGGUGCUGCAUGGAAAGCAGCAGGGGAAACUGCUGGGAUUCGGAGGAGGGGUGGGCCCGAGGCUAAAUGUUGUCACUGUGUAAAGUUUUUGACCUAUGAGCUCUUAUAAAUAUCC